UUCUUCUUCCUGCUCUGCCCCAAACAGAGAAGAAGAGUUUUUCCUUUCUGUGUGUCCAGGUGGUACCGCGCUCCAGAGCUGCUGUACGGAGCUCGGAAAUAUGACGAGGGCGUCGACCUGUGGGCUGUGGGCUGCAUCUUUGGAGAGCUGCUGAACUCAUCUCCUCUGUUCCCUGGAGAAAACGACAUUGAACAGCUCUGCUGCGUCCUCAGAGUGCUGGGAACGCCGACGCGGGACAGCUGGCCUGAAAUAGUCGAGUUGCCGGAUUACAACAAAAUCACCUUUAAGGAGAAUCCAGCGAUCCCAUUGGAGGAGAUCGUCCCGGACACGCCCCCCCAGGCCAUCCACCUGCUCUACAGGUUCCUGGUUUAUCCGUCCAAACAGCGCUGCUCCGCCAGACAGGCUCUGGUCCAUCCAUACUUCUUCUCCUCUCCUCUUCCUGUUCACCACUCGGAGCUGCCCAUCCCUCAGAGGGGGGGCUGCCCCCCCCGCCAGCGCCUGCAGGCUCCGCCCUCUGACUUCGCCGUAGACCUGCCCAUGGAGAACAGCGUGGUAGACCCGGCGCUGCUGCGGCCGCACGCCUCCUGCCUCUGAAAGACCCGACCCGUUGGACUGG